CGAGCACUGACCUGAAAAAUCACAAUCAUGUUUGGCUUCGAAUCCUUCGCUUAACUCACACAACACACAACAAGAAGAAAUCAUCAUCACCGAUUUACCGAUUCAUCUAAACAGCAGUUGAAUCAAGCAAUCGGAAUCAAUCGACAAAGAAAUGGCUCGAGCUGGAGGAAUAACGAAUGCAGUCAACGUAGGGAUAGCAGUACAAGCUGAUUGGGAGAAUCGAGAAUUCAUUUCCCACAUCUCCCUCAACGUUCGUCAACUCUUCGAUUUCCUUGUUCAAUUCGACGAAUUUCCAUCGAACGAUUGGGCUGCGGAGGUUCCUUGUUUCGUUUGGAUUUGUGUUGCUGAUAUCUCCAAAAUUUCACUUGCCAAUUGAAUGGAGAGAUACACAUGGAACAUCCACUAAAAUUUUGAGGCUACAACAAAGAGCAAAUUGGCAUCUCUGAAUGAGAAACUUGAUACACUAGAGCGUCGUCUAGAAAUGCUUGAAGUACAAGUGAGUACUGCUACAGCCAAUCCAAAUUUAUUCAAGACUUGAUUCACUCGACUAUGGCAUCGUAGAUAAAAAAAAGCAAAAACAAAGGGCUACAUCAGAAUGUGAGGUGAUUAAGCUUGUUCAAAAUCCAGUAUGAUACGUAUGAAGUUUUUUUUGCCUAUUUUUCCAUAUAUUUAUUCAUGUAGCUGAUCUGUGCAUUUUGUAAUUGGAAGAGUUCCCU